AUGAUAGACGGAAGCCUGUCACCGUUUCUCGAAAGCCCCGGAACGCCCGUUUUCCGAGAAAAGUUGGCGCGUUUGGAGUAUGAGGUUUCCACAUUGAAAACAGAAAAGAGGCUUCUCCAGCAGAACAAAGAUUCGUCGAUCGGGCGGUACGAAGAGCUUUUGGCGAAGAAAAACGACGAGUUGGCUCGGCUCCAGAGCAACUUUGACUACGUCUACAACCAGCGCAACGAAUUGAAGUCGAAACUAGAAAACCAGAAGGAUGUGGCCGGACGGAACACCUCGGACUUGACCAAAGACACCAAAAGGCUUCGAGAAGAAAACGACGCUUUGCGCAAGAAGCUAGACAAGUACGAGCGACAAUACACCAGCGUUUCAGGCAAACUAGAGCACGUCCGGGCAGACUUGAACCGUGAACUAAGCGCAAAUGACCAGUACAGAGAGAGAAUCGGCGAUCUAGAACAGGAAAACAAACAGAUGGCCGACUUGAACAAGGACCUCUUGGAGCGGAUGAAACUGCUUUCGGCGCAGAUCGAAAACAACAGAGCUGCCAGCCAGGUGGAAGAGUUGCAGUUGAAACUUCUGGCCUUGCAGAACACAAACAAUCUGCUUCAGUCGAAAGUGGACUCUUUGCUCCAGGCCAAAACGAGCGUCGAGCUCUUGAAGCAGAAAAACGCAUCGAUGGCGGCCAGGAUCCAGGUCUUGGAGGCUUUUGAAGAGAAAGCGGCUCUGCUUGAAGUCGACAAUGUCAAACUCCAGGCAAAAUUCGAUGAGUACUUCGGUGCCAUCGCUUCGAGCGUGGAGAAACAGGAUACCGACGAGGAAAGCACCGUUGUUAGUUUCAUUCUGAAUUUCAAACAGUUGCAGAAUCGAAAUUUGGUUCUAUUUGACAAACUAAACGAGACUCAAAGCAAAGUUACAGAAUUGGAACAACUAAACCAUGCUCUCACCUCACAAAUAGAGCAAGAGCUCCAGCCACAGCUCGAGCAGCUCAAAGCUGCAAACACUGCCGCUGAGACAGAGAUUGCCGAGCUUAAAAAGAUCAAGAUUCUCAACGGCAAAGAGAUUGAGUUUUUGCGCAAUUCUCUCAAAGACAUGGACACCGUAGCCACGAGGAAAAGUGUGGCGGAAGCAAACCCUGACUCUUUGCAAGAACAGGAAGCGCAAAGGAAAGCAACGAAUCAGUACCUUACGAAUUUGGAGAAACUUGUGGAUGAUUACAAAAACCAGAUCGAUGAACUCACAAAGAAGGAAAACACUAAACAAAUCACCAUGCCUUCAAAACGACCCAGAUUAGCAGAAAACACCGCUGACCUACAAACUUUCCGGGACUUGAGAAACGAAAAUCUUGAAUUGGCUGCCACAAUCAAGGGACUCAAAGACGAAAUUGAAAGUCUUCGAAAAAGACUCGCGCUCAAAGAAAGAAAUCCGAGCUCUAAGGGAAACAUUCUCGAGCUCAGACUCAAUCCAUUUGCAAAAGACCAGUAUGUCAAACAAGAAACGUUGGAUCUCCUAAGGAAGGAAAACGAAGCUUUGAUCACGCAGUAUGUGAAGAAUGGCAAUGUUGACUACGUGCCAAAGUCUGUUUUUGCACGGCAAGAAAACGACAAGGAUAUUUUGCAGGCGAAAAUAGACCAGUUGUCGAAAAAACUUAAUCGGUUGAAAAACGUUUACACAGAGAAAAGCAAGGAGAUUCUUGCCAUCAUCUCGAGGUUUUUUGGCUAUGUAAUUGAAUUCAUCCCAAGCCCAAUCAAUCUGAACGAUUUCUGCUCGAAAAUCAAGUUGGUAUCGAAGUACAUGAUUCAAAAGGAUAAGGAGCAUAGUCCGCCAUAUCUCAUAUUGGAUGUGCAGAGCAAGUCUCUUAAAGCCAAUGGAAACUACGAGUUCAAGACAAUGUGUGAAGAGUUGGUAAGCCAAUGGGUGAACGAUAAACAUCAAAUUCCAUGUUUCUUGAGUGCGUUGAAUUUGAAAAUCUUUGAAGACUAUAAACCUCGAGAUGAAUAG